CUCUUCCGGCUCCUGUGCCUUUCCGCCGGCCUAAGGUCGUCCUGUGACCGACCAUCUUGCGGGUUGGAGCGGUCGUCGCCAUGUUGUCGGUCGCGGCUCGCUCGGGCCCUUUCGCUCCCGCCCUGUCGGCGACGUCCCGCGGGGUGGCGGGCGCGCUGCGGCCUCUCGUGCAGGCCUCGGUGCCCGCCGCCGCGAAGCCCCCCGUGCUGGACUUGAAGCCGACGUCGCUGUGCGGCCAGGCUGCGGGCCGUCCUCUGGCGGCCACCGUGGGCCUCAACGUUCCUGCUUCUGUCCGUUAUUCUCAUACAGACAUCAGAGUGCCUGACUUCUCUGACUAUCGUCGUGCUGAAGUGCUAGAUAGUACAAAGUCUUCAAAAGAUAGCAGCGAGGCUAGAAAAGGGUUCUCCUAUUUGGUCACUGCAACAACUACUGUGGCUGUUGCAUAUGCAGCCAAGAAUGUUGUCUCUCAAUUCGUGUCCAGCAUGAGUGCUUCUGCUGAUGUGCUAGCCAUGUCGAAAAUUGAAAUCAAGUUAUCUGAUAUUCCAGAAGGCAAGAACAUGGCUUUCAAAUGGAGAGGCAAGCCCUUGUUUGUGCGACAUAGAACCCAGAAGGAAAUUGACCAGGAAGCUGCGGUUGAAGUGUCCCAGCUGAGGGACCCACAACAUGACUUAGAUCGAGUGAAGAAACCUGAGUGGGUUAUUUUGAUAGGUGUUUGCACUCAUCUUGGUUGUGUGCCCAUUGCAAAUGCAGGAGAUUUCGGUGGCUAUUAUUGCCCUUGCCAUGGGUCGCACUAUGAUGCAUCCGGCAGAAUCAGAAAGGGACCCGCACCUCUCAACCUUGAAGUUCCCUCAUAUGAGUUCCCCAGUGAUGAUUUAGUGGUUGUUGGUUAGAGACUUGAAAUCAGUUCAUAGGCUUCUUCAUGUACCUCUGAAGAGUUAUUUGAAAAACAAGCCUUCCCCACUUCAAGCUACUUGAUUUGAAAUACUAAGAAUUGCUAGUAAUGUAUUUGUAAACAUUAGUGUGAAGUAAAUUUAAUGUUAAAUACUUUUUAGCAUUCACCUAAUAAAACCACUGUUGAACAUUGUUUAGCUAGCUCCAAGACAUGAAUGCAGCAGAGUCUUUAUUAUUUUAAAUUAAAAAUUACAGACCUGGAUACAUGUCA